AUGUUCAAGAAACCUAAAAAUAAUAAAAAUAUUACUCCGCCCUCGGCUCCUUCUUUGGAUGAGGUUUUGUCGGACAUUGAGACAUUUCAAGUCGAUAUAGAGCAGCAUACCACAAAUAACAAAACGGCUGAGAUGACUGCAAACACAACGGAUGAGUGGUGGGCAGUGUUCGAGCAGUUUAUAGAUGAUUUAAAGUGUUUGGAAAUGGUACACAGUGAAAUGGAAGGCUUUAAAAUUAAACUCGAAUCUUUAAAAUUAGAGAUUGAUACUGAAUCAAAGCUACUGAAAAGUGAAAUUGACCAACAGCAAAAACAGAUAGACGUGGCACUCGAAUAA